AUGGCCGAGCUUGUGGCCAAACGCAAAUUAGCCCUACGCUCUUCCAUAGCCAAGGUUCUUGAGCGCGUCAUCUGUCUUCGCGAGGCAUUCGCCCAACUCCUCCAGGAGCGAGGCGUUGUCAACGCCGAAGAGGUCACCGCAAGGAAGCAUUCCCACUUUGUCGACAUCCUCAAGCAAGUUCACAACAUCUUGGGCGGCGCCCACCGGAUCAAUGCAAGCACAGGCAGCAUCGCACCACCAAGCCCUCGCCAGUGUCUUUCGACAGCGUUCGCAGCACUCCGUCUCUACGAGCCAUCGCACCAGUUCCUGGACGCUCCUGACGUCACCCUUCCCGCCCCAGAGUAUGACAUUGCCGAAGAUGAAGCCGGUCUGGAGGAAGCCGCCACAGCCAUAGACCUCGCCCGCAAGAUGGAAGAGAAGGCUGCACCCGUUCUGGAUCGCUUUGGCGGCGUAGCCAAGUUCAUCGUCGACCACUACCACACUGCGGCUUCUGCUGAAGGCCUGGACCCAAGCCACAGAGUAGCGGAUGGCGAUGAUAUCAAUAUCGACGCAUACGGUAUUUCCAAGAGGACAAUGUAUGAGGCGUACCAUCUCCUGGAUCGCAUCCGCAAGGCUUGCCUCGAGGAUCCGGAAAUGCCUCCGCUCUACAACGGACAGCCAUACGGAUGGUUCCAACCGGGCAAGGUUCACAAGAGCCAUUCAGCACACGAGAGGUAUGACCGAGACUGCGCAGGAUUCGCAGAGGUUGUCUCUGAGACGGCCAUCUUAGCCCGGAAGCUCAAGUGGAGCAGUGUCCAAGAUGAGUUCACUCGCGGUGAUCGGCUUAUCAUGGCCGACCCGUCCCAGCCGAUACCGUUCUGGGUCGUGUUCGCUUCCCAGCUCUUUAUCGACAACUUUGAAAUCCUAGGCGAUCAACUCGAGAAUGGUUGGACAGACGUCAUCUCGAAGUGGAAACGGCGGCUCCUGCCGUCCAUCGUCAAGCCUCAGAGCAUCCUGGUGAAGCGCAACGCCGUUUUCGCAGGCGUGUGGGCGCAUCACCUCCUGACGCUCUUCCACACUACGGCCAUCGCCUUCGUCAAUGUUUGGGGUGCUGUAUUCGCUAUGAACCAGUUCUACCAUGCGAUGAUACGGCUGACGUGGAUGGCCACUCGCAGCCACCCUAAGCCGGGCGACCGUCGGUUCUGGGUCGGGCAAGAGCCACAAGAAAUCAAGGACUUCUGGAAGCAGUGGUGUCUUUGUAACGACACUGCCGGCCACGCGCGGGUCAACAUGACGCUGGAAGAUGUGCGCAACAUUGUCGGCGAAGGCGGGUGGAUCGAGGUAGACCCUUCUCCCGGCAAUGUCUAUGAGAUGGUGCACGAAUACGACCGAGCGAGCAGCCGGCCGUUCCGGGAAGCCAGCUAG